AGAAUGUCCUUAAGAAACAAUGGAUACGAUGCCAUACCAUCGAAUGACGGAUUUGAAGAAGUACAAGACGACAAUAGAAGAAGAAGGGAUUACCCGACAUUAUCCACCACUCCUGGUAGCUUUGCUCAAGGAUUAUGGGACUUACGCAAUUACAAAAAAUACGUUGAUAAAUUCCAUCUCCCGUUGAUAAUAAGUGGAACAAUUCUUUCCUUUAUCCUCUUACUAUGCAUUUUAGUAAACUGGCUACCGGACAUGAAGUAUCAUUAUACUCAUCAGACCUACCCACCAACUGUCAGUCCUGGAAUUUCAACAAAAGCAUUACAGCAGGGAAUACAAAAAUGUAGAGCUCUUCGUCAACAAAAACAACUGCCGUCAUAUAAGAAUACUGAACGGCUGGUUAAUCAACGUACGCCCAAUAACACUCAACCAAUUCUGUUACGAAAUGCGAUUGUAUGGGAUGGAGAGGGGCAAGUUUUAGAAAAUGUCGACAUUUUCGUACAUCAUGGUGUGAUAGUGGAAGUGAAGCAAGAUAUUAAAUUGCCAUCCAGUCUUUUUUCCUCUACUAAAAUAAUUGAUGUUCAGCAGCAUAUUGUGUCACCCGGCAUAGUAGAUAUGCACACCCAUUUAGGUGUGGAUUCAUGGCCUUCUCUUUCUGGUACUAAUGAUGUCAACGAAGGGACAAACCCAACGACUCCUUUUGUUCGGUCUAUCGACGCGUUUAAUCCUUCUGAUGAAGCCAUACGUAUUGUUGCCUCUGGGGGAAUUACUACAGCUCUUGUUUUGCCAGGAUCAGCUAAUCUCAUUGGCGGUGAGGCUUAUGUAUUUAAAUUGAGACCAGUCGACUCAUUAAGCUCAGAAGAUAUGCUAGUACAGACCAAAGUAGAUGAGGCAACGGAAAAGAAAUGGAGAUAUAUGAAAAUGGCGUGCGGAGAAAAUGCAAAGAAUAGAUAUGGUAGACAAGGACGUAUGCCCUCCACAAGAAUGGGCGAAGCUUUUCUUUUCAGAAAGGCAUUUGCAGAUGCCCAAAGGUUGAUACAGUCACAGGAGGAUUGGUGUGAUGCAGCCGAAAUAAUAAACUCACGACGUGAUAACAAGGAAAAUGGGAACUUGGCUCGUUUAGAUAGCCGAUUUCCAGAAAAUCUCGAGUUAGAAUCACUGACAGCAUUACUCCGUGGUCAAGUAAAGCUCAAUAUCCAUUGUUACCAAACGAACGAUAUUGAGGCCAUGCUUCGUAUUGCUGAAGAGUUUGAUUUUGAAAUUUCGGCUUUCCAUCACGCUCUGGAAGCCUACAAAAUUCCAGACAUUAUAAAAAAGCGGCAUCAUCAAAAGAACAAUAUAACAAUAGCAACAUUUGCUGAUCACUGGGGUUACAAAACAGAAGCGUUUGAAGCCUCUCCUUUCGCGCCCAAGCUUCUUUAUAACGCUGGAAUCCCAGUUGCCUUCAAGAGCGAUCAUCCUGUGCUAAACUCUCAGCACCUUGUAUUUGAAGCAGCUAAAUCGACGCAUUAUGGUUUACCAGCACAGGAGGCAUUCAAAGCUAUAACUUCUGUACCUGCUAAGGCACUUGGGUUGGACCACCGUCUCGGAUCUGUAAAAGUAGGAUAUGACGCUGAUCUUGUGAUUUGGGAUAGAGACCCUUUGGAGAUGGGCGCAUCGCCUUUGCAGGUCUUCAUUGAUGGCAUUCCUCAAUUUAGCGAGAGAUUGCUGACUGAGGCUAGUAUAACAAGAAAAAUUGCAAAAGGUAGCCAAAGGCAGCAUCUGGAUAAAGAAUCCUCUUAUGAAGAAGAAGCUACGACUAAUCGGGAUGGACUGAUGGACUUUAUUUUGACUAAUGUUGGUUCUCAAUUCUUAACUGAAAAGAAUGAAAAACAAGGUAAUUUUAUAGAAGAAACUACUGCACUAUCAAUUGUCGUAAAAAAUGGGCAGAUUGUGUGUAUAUCACCAGCUGUUAGAAGGAAAGAUGACUGUAUUGCGCUGUAUUCCCUUGAAGAAAAAAAUAACACUAUAAACACAAUUGAUAUCCAAGGUGGAUAUGUUUUACCUGGCCUUAUUUCAGUCGGAUCAAAGCUAGGCCUUAGUGAAAUUCCUUCAGAGAGUUCGACUGGUGAUGGCAUAGUAUCAUCUUCCUAUUCCUCAAAGUCUCAUGACAUCAUUGAGGCUAUUGAUGGAUUGAAGUUGGGCGGCAAGAAAUUGAAGGAGGCGUACAGAGGCGGUGUUUUGACAGCUGUAACAGCGCCUGUAUCCAAGGGUGUUAUUAUGGGCGUUAGUGCCGCUUUCAAAACCACUGCAGAUACAAUUCUAGAAGAAAAUAGCAUUGUGAAACCUGCAGCAGCACUUCAUGUGCAAAUAGGACACUCUGUAAAGUCAGAUAGCUUCCCAACCAUUUCUUCACAAGUUGCGUUUUUAAGAAAUGUGUUUACUGAAAAUUUCAAGGAAAAGAACUAUUUUGGACAAGUAACGAGAGGUGAGCUACCAUUGAUUGUUCUGGUGAACAAUAAAGAUGAGAUUGCUUCAAUUAUAAAUUUGAAGAGAACCGUAUUACGUAAUGCAAAAGUGGCUAUCAUGGGCGGCGCCGAAGCACAUUUGCUAGCUUCCCAUUUAUCAGAAGCCGAUAUUGCAGUGAUACUCAGACCAUACUUGUGCACUCCCGAAGAUUUCAACUCACGUCAUUGCUUGACAGGUGCACCGUUGACCAAUGGUACAGCAGCUCAUAUAUUGCAUUCCUAUGGUGUCAAAUUGGCAAUUGGAGUAUCUGACGAUGGAUGGGCGCGUAAUUUGGCUUGGGAUGCAGGUUGGUUAGCUGCUACUUCACCGCCGGCUCAUGCAAAUCUGGCUAUUUCGGAACAGGAAGCUCUUAAAUUUAUUACGACUAACCUCCAAGAUAUCUUUGGAUUGGCAACUGAUCGUAAGGGCCAAUCUUCGUUGUCUAUCAAAAAUGACUUUGUUGUUUGGUCUGGAAGCCCAUUCGACUUUAAAAGUAGACCUAUUCUCACAUUUUCGGCGGUAAACGGUUUACAAAAAGUUUUAUAGUUAUGCAAUUCCAAUUGAAGUCAUAUCUGUAAAAAUAAAGAGAAGGCAGCAUUUUAUUUUUGU